GCGAGAAUGAAGACCAUUCUCAGCAAUCAGACGGUCGACAUCCCAAAAAAUGUCAACAUCAGUCUGAAGGGGCGCACAGUCAUUGUGAAGGGGCCCAGAGGAACCCUGCGGAGGGACUUCAAUCACAUCAAUGUGGAACUCAGUCUCCUGGGAAAGAAAAAGAAGAGGCUCUGGGUUGACAAAUGGUGGGGAAAUAGAAAGAAACUGGCAACUGUUCGCACGAUCUGUAGUCACAUACAGAAUAUGAUCAAGGGGGUUACACUGGGCUUCCGUUACAAGAUGAGGUCAGUAUAUGCUCACUUCCCCAUCAACGUGGUUAUUCAAGAGAAUGGGUCUCUUGUUGAAAUUAGAAAUUUCUUGGGUGAAAAGUACAUCCAAAGGGUUCGGAUGAGGCCAGCUGCUUUGAUUCAGCAGGCAACAACAGCUAAAAAUAAAGAUAUCAGAAAAUUUUUGGAUGGUAUCUAUGUCUCUGAAAAAGGAACAGUUCAACAGGCUGAUGAAUAAGACCUAAAAGUUAUCCGGCUGCAGAAACAAGAACCCAGAUUGUGUCUUGUGGUAUUUUAAUAAUGCAAUAAAAGAUUAUUGAUUUAAAAAAA